GGCGGCUGGGAGGCGUGAGCCGGGGGCUGCAAAACUCCUGCUCUGAGAAGUUCAUUGUAGACUGCUGUCUCGUCACUCGCAGACUCGUACAGAGAGGAUGCCCUCUGUUGAAAAUAGCACAAUGGCUGACAGCAAAACAAAGUCCGCUAAAUCUGCAAAUAAGACUCCUCCAAAGUCUCCAGCAGAUCCAACAAAGGAGAAGGCAGCUAAACGGCUAUCCUGCGAGUCCAACAGUUCCCAUGAGGGGGCCGUGGCAGGAGAGCUCAGUGCCCUUGAAGAGGCUUUUAGAAAAUUUGCCAUCCAUGGAGAUACCAGAGCCACAGGAAAAGAAAUGCAUGGGAAGAACUGGUCCAAGUUAUGUAAGGACUGUCAUGUGAUAGAUGGGAAGAAUGUGACGAUCACAGAUGUUGACAUUGUCUUCAGUAAAAUCAAGGGGAAAUCCUCUCGGACAAUUACUUUUGAACAGUUUAAGGAAGCUCUUCAAGAACUCUCCAAGAAACGAUUUAAAGACAAGAGUGACGAGGAAGCGGUUCAAGAAAUACAUAAGCUAAUUGAAGGAAAAGCCCCAAUCAUAUCUGGAGUAACGAAAGCUAUUUCAUCUCCAACUGUAUCGCGCCUUACAGACACAACAAAAUUCACGGGUUCCCACAAAGAGAGGUUUGAUCCCAGCGGGAAAGGAAAAGGCAAAGCAGGACGAGAAGACCUCGUUGACGCUUCAGGCUAUGUAUCUGGGUAUAAGCAUGCAGGCACAUAUGAUCAUAAAGUACAAGGAAGCAAGUAAGCCUGGGUUAAAAACCUGAGAGAGAAUAUACCUGUAAGAAAGAUGUAGAUGAAUCCCACAUGUUUCAGUUAUCGUGAAUGCUAAGACUAUGUUGUCAAGACGUGUUUUCAGGAACUGGAACUGAUUUCAACAUCUGCUGAGAUAUUUGCAGCACAGCACCACUUCAUUACAUUCCUCAUGCUUACAUUGGCAAAAAAACCCCCAAAACAAAACCCGUAAAUAAAAGGUAACACAAAAGUUGUUGAGCUGUAGACAA